CAUGGCUCUGGAGGUCGGGUGAUCACAAAGGUCAUCAUGUGUCGUUCAUAGCCCAAGCUUGCUCUUCUACUCCGAAGAUAUAAAAGUCGCACGAAGUUCAUCUCUACGCAGAAUAUCGAUAAUGUCCCCCACACUCGCCUCUGCCCCUGGUAGUUGCUGCUUCACCGGUGUAAAACACACAGGCACACCCGUUGGCCGCGUUGAGGACCUCGGUGGAAUCCCAACAUACAUCUCCGAUCCUCCUGCUGCCACACAGAAAGUGAUACUCUUCCUAGCAGACGUUUGGAGUCCGCUUUACCUUAACAAUAAGUUGAUCCAAGAUUAUUUCGCGUCCUGUGGCUAUAUCGUCCUUGGACCUGAUUAUUUCUUUGGCGACUCCGUGCCGAACCACGAUGGCCCAGAUCGCCAGGCGUGGAUCGACAGUUCCCGCAAACCUGCUAUCGAUGCGUUCCCCGCUUGGCUAGAUGCUGUGAAAGAAAAAUAUGGGAGGGAGAAUACCAAAUACUGUGCUGUCGGGUACUGCUUUGGAGCCCCGUUCGUCAUGGACUUAUGUUCUGAUGGAUCUGUAGUUGCUGGAGCACUGGCUCACCCCGCAUUCCUCGAUGAAGAUCACUUUGAGAAACUUGACGGACCUCUCCUUCUCUCCUGCGCAGAGGAAGACCACACAUUCCCGCUGGCCUCGCGUCGACGUGCAGAAGACAUCAUGGUCGCUCGCAAAUCCACGUAUCAUUUCCAGGUGUUUUCAGGCGUCAAACAUGGGUUUGCUGUACGGUGUGAUCUUGCUAUUGACACGCAACGCUGGGCGAAGGAGGAGAGCGCUAGGGGAAUCGUGAGUUGGUUUGAUAGGUUUACGGUCUAGGUUGGUUACGAUGUGCACGUUUGUUGGGAGAAUGAAUUUUCAUAUCAUGGGUAACAUUGAAAGCUCUAAUCAUAUCCGUCUUGUGCAU